UGAGCGCAAUAGUUCGCAAACAGAGAAAACAGUUGCCAUGGCCACAUUCCGUCUCUUUCUUGCUGCGCUGCUUCUCUUCUUAUCGUGCUCUGUUUUUUCUGUGUUCGCUGCUAAUUUCUACGAAGACGUGGACAUCACUUGGGGCGACGGCCGUGCCAAAAUCCUAGACAACGGCCAGCUCCUCACCCUCUCCCUCGACCGCUACUCCGGCUCCGGCUUCCAGUCCAGGAACCAGUACCUCUUCGGCCGCUUCGACGUGCAGAUGAAGCUCGUCGCCGGCGACUCUGCCGGAACCGUAGCCACCUUCUAUCUUUCUUCGCUAGGAAACACGCACGAUGAGAUCGACUUCGAGUUCUUGGGGAACCUUAGCGGGGACCCUUACGUUCUGCACACCAAUUUGUACUCGCAGGGGAAGGGCGACAGGGAGCAGCAGUUCUAUCUGUGGUUCGAUCCCACGAAGGACUUCCACACCUACUCUGUUCUCUGGAAUCCUUCCCAUAUCGUGUUCUACGUGGACGGGACGCCGAUCAGGGAGUUCAAGAACAGGGAGACCUCUACCGGCGUGGCCUACCCGAAGAGCCAGACAAUGAGGGCGUACGGCAGCUUGUGGGACGCCGACGACUGGGCGACGAGGGGUGGGCUGGUGAAGACCGACUGGUCCAAGGCGCCGUUCACAGCGGCCUACAGGAACUUCACCGCCGAUGGGUGCGUGAGCUGGGGCGGCAACGGCGGCACGUCGGCUACGUCAUGUGCGAACGCAGCGGCUGGCAGUAAUGCGUGGAUGAGACAGGAGCUGGAUUCGAAUGGCACGGAGAGGUUGAAGUGGGUGCGGACGAACUAUAUGAUUUAUGACUACUGCACUGAUUGGAGAAGGUUCCCUCGUGGGGUGCCGCCGGAGUGCAAUGCGAGCGAUUGAUUAGAACAAAUUGGGUUUUGUGUUCAUGAUAAUGAUCGAUUUGGGAAUAUGAUUAACAAAGGUACUUAAGGAUCAAGAUACACCAAAGGCAAUUAGCUUAUUUCCAACAAACUUUAAACAGCAAGAUGCAGAUUUUAAACACCACUUACCUCUCCCCGUUGUACAUAGAUAGUAUUACUUCAUCACGCAAUAAUUAUCCA